AUGCAAAAGGUAAAGGAGUAUCUGGAUUCAUUAGACAGGAAUGAACCCGAGCCGACUGGUAGUACGUUACCACUUCAAGUAUCGGAACCAGCUAAUCCGCACCUUCAAUCAUUAAACAGGAAACAUAAUCUGGCAGCAAUGCAGACGUCGAUGGUGUACACCAUCGCUAAUACACCAAUACCAUCAGUAUUUUACAGCGGGAGUAUACCGACUAGCAGCCCCAUGCCAUAUAAUCUGGCGUCCCAUAAUGUGGUAAAGCCCACCCAAAUGUUAGAUGUAACACCUGAAGGAUCUAGAAAUGGGGGCGAAGAUACAAGUUCACCUAAGGACCAGGUUAAUGAUGUGCUCCAGACCCUUCUGCAGAAGCAAGGCGAAGUACUUUUGCAAUGGGCAAUUCAAUCUGGGUUACCAAAGAAAGAACUGACCAAAUUCAGUGGAGACCCGACAGACUACGGGCGCUUCGUAAGAGCAUUUGAGCAUGAGGUAGAAGGAAAAGUGAAGGAAGACAGAGAUAGGCUGUACUACCUAGAACAAUACACCUCAGGUGAUGUCAAUCAGUUGGUGCGUAGCUGUAUGGCUAUGGAAGCUAAAAAGGGCUAUGCUGAAGCCAAGAAAGCUUUGGCAGCAAGAUACGGCAACCCGUUUAAACUAGCAGAUGCAUACUUUAACAAGGUAAAGUCAUUCCCAGACAUCAAGGUACAAAAUAAGAUCGCUUUAUCCAGAUUCUCACUUGUGUUGAUUGAGUGUAAAAAUGCCAUGUCAGACCUGAACCAUCUUCAAGAGUUGAACCACACUAGAAGCAUACAAUCAUUAACAAAGAAGCUGCCAUACCGUUUAAGGGACAAAUGGAGAACUAAAACAGACUAUAUACUGGAAGACAGAAGGGUGGAGUUUAAGGACUUUGUAGAGUUUGUCGAACGACAAUCAAGGAUAUUGGAUAACCCGACAUUCGGUGACAUUAAAGAGGAAAAGACAAGUCACAAGCCCAUUCAUAAGCAUGGAGGGACAUUUGCUGUAACAGAUACAAGGUCGUGUUCACAUUGUAAGGGUAAUCAUACUCUCUCAAAAUGCAGCAGAUUUGAUGGAUUGCCAAGAGAGGCAAAAUCGGAGUUCAUUCGAAAGAAUAAAUUGUGUUAUGGUUGUCUAGGUGCAGGACAUCUCAGCAAGAAUUGUAGCAGGCGUCACACUUGCGUCAAGUGUAAGAAAGGACACCCAACGACGCUUCAUCGUGGGGUGGUGAAUGAAAUGAGUGCUUCUGCUGGCGGAAGCGUGAAGGAGGAAGUGACAGCUUCAUGUGAUAACGGCGAAGGAAAUUGUGCUUUGGCGAUUGUCCCAGUGCAAGUCAGAGCGCAACGAGGAUCAAAGGUGGUAAUCACUUACGCCUUUCUUGAUCCUGGGAGCACCAUUUCUUUCUGUUCAGAUGGCUUAUUGCAGAGCUUGGGAGUCCGAGGUCGGCCUGCAAGAAUCUCAAUUGAAACUAUGGGUUCAAGACACUCUCUACAAACAGAAACUGUUAAAAAUUUAAUGGUAAGAGCUGUCGAUGGUGAUGAGGAAGUUCCUAUUUCCAUGGUGUAUAGCAAGCAGAGCUUGCCUGUGGCUAAGGUGCACAUUCCAAAGCAAGAGGACAUAGAUAGAUGGCCACAUUUAAACGGUGUCAAGAUUCCCAAGAUUGAUUCAGAAAUUGGCUUACUUAUAGGAAUGGGAGUGCCAAGUGCCUAUACACCGUUAUAG